AAUCGGACAACUCAUACGGAAAGUGGAUAUUAAAAAUAAGCUAUAUAAAUUUUAAAGUCGAUUCAUUAAAUCGAUUGACAGAACAGAGUGGUUCAAAAAUUGAAAGCAUUUUGUAAUUUCUGUUCGGUAAAGAAGAGACACGGAGAUAUUUGCAUACGUUUAUGCUUCUAAAAUGCUUCUGCAGUAACGAUUACUUUACUCUAGCAUGUCGCACAACACGAAUAGGGAAUGCAGCGUGGAAUCGGAAGAACGAGUUCCCAUUUUGCAACCAGAUGAGCAACUAUCGAAGAGACUGAAUAUUUUGACUGAUCACUUUCAGUCGACGUACAAUGUGAAACCUUCGUUUUUCGUCAGAGUUCCGGGAAGAGUUAAUUUAAUUGGCGAACACAUCGAUUACUGCGGAUAUGCUGUUUGUCCGAUGGCCAUUGAACAAGAUAUACUCGUUGCUGUAGCACUCUCGAAGGGCAAUGACAUUCGUCUUACAAAUAUAGACCCGAAAUACAAAUAUUUCCAGUGCAAUUUCAAAGACGUUAGUGUUUGCAUCAAGGACGCCGGCAGUGGUCCAGACUGGUACAAAUAUUUCCUCUGCGGUGUGAAAGGAGCUCUUGAAGUGAUCCCAGAGGAAUGCGCACCUUCGGGAAUCUUGGCUGCAGUUUGGGGUAACAUUCCUCCUAAUUCAGGGCUCUCGAGCUCUAGCGCGCUAGUUUCUGCCGCUGUUCUUGUGACUGUGCAUAUAAGCCAGUACCAAUUGCCAAAACGCGAGUUGGCUACCAUCAGCGCCAGCGCUGAGAGAUAUAUCGGCACUCAGGGUGGCGGAAUGGAUCAAGCGAUCGCGUUCCUCGGAAAGGCAGGUUCUGCAAUGCUAAUCGAGUUCAACCCCUUGCGUGGUACCGACGUCACGUUACCGAAAACCGCAGUGUUCGUAAUAGCGCACAGUCAGGCUUGUCACAACAAAGCCUCCACAACGGAUUAUAAUCUAAGAGUUGCGGAAUGUCGAUUGGCAGCGCAGAUGAUAGCAAAGAAACGGAACAAACCUUGGGAACGUGUACAAAGAUUAAUCGAUGUCCAGGAAAGUCUUGGUAUGAGUGAAGAUGAAAUGGUCUCUGUUGUAACAACCGACCUCCACGAAGAGCCAUAUACUUUGAACGAGAUCAGCAAGAGCCUCGACACGACAAACGAGAGGCUCCGAGAAAUAUCGUCGGUGCAAUCCUUUGGCGAUGCGCAACCUUUUAAACUGAAGCAGCGUGCCCUUCAUGUGUAUCAAGAGGCAGCCAGAGUGGUCAAAUUCCAGCGUAUCAGCGAGGAAAGUGCCAUUACAGAAGACGAGAAGCUACGACAGCUAGGCAACCUAAUGUCCAACAGCCACGCCAGUCUGCGCAAACUAUACGAGUGCAGCCAUCCCAACGUUGACUCGCUCGUCGACAAAGCUAUGGCAUGCGAUGCAUUCGGAGCAAGACUCACGGGAGCUGGGUGGGGUGGUUGCAUAGUGGCCAUCACAACGAAAAACAAGGUUUCUCAAUUUGUGGAUAAGCUGAAAGAGGAGAUCGGCCGAUGUGAGAUAAAAGACGAGUUCAAGCUGGGCGAUCUGGUCUUUCCGACGGAACCGAAUCAGGGUGCUGCAAUUUAUACAACCUAGUUGUCUUUUUCUAUUUUCAUUUCACAUUCUUCUUACAUUUCAUAAGUCGUUGACUAUCUAUUUACCAAACGUUCACCUAAUUAUCUCUGCGAUCAUGUAAUAGUACAUGUACAAAGAAUAGAUAAAUUCAAUGUCAGGAUAAUCUGUAUCCUGUAUAUCGUAUGUGAAUAGCGUUUACUAUUUGUCGAUUAUGAUCCAUGAUGCCUUCUCGCGGCUAAUGGUACACCUAUAGUUAAUGAAAUUUAUAUGGCAAAUAUAUGAAAUUUUAAUAUUUUAUAAGUUUAUAAGAAAUAAUAUGAAAUAUACAAACGGAGGAUUAUACAAAUA